UCUUACUUUGUCAGGAAUGAAGAGGCAGCUCAAUUCUGACUCAUCCCAAGAUGGCGCCCCUGUGAGGUUUAUCCUCCUGGAAGUCCCGGUGAGCAGCGGCCACCUCCUGCCCUGCCAGGUGAAUGUCACCUGGACGGUGACGCCCUACCGCCUCAGCGCUCACCUCACUCCCAGGUACCCCUGGACAUCCCCGAGCCGGUUCAGCGCCAGCAACUCAUGCCUGCUGACCGCCCCUCGGCCCCCACCUCCGCCGACCAUCGUUCGGCCCCCGGCCCCCGUUCCCUACCCUUUGUUUUUUACCUGGAGUUCUGACGAGGUGGAUAUCUGCGAUAAGUUCCUGCUGGGGUCAUGCCCGCUGGCGACCACGUGCAAGAUGCACCACACACCGCUGCCCUUCCACUGGCAACUGUAUAGCGUCGAGUCGCGACGCUGGGUGGACGUCAAGCCCAGCGCGCAGCUGCUUCUGGAGCGCAUGUACUGCAACGUGAAACAUGAGAAGGUCACGCUCAAGGAAGGGGAUGCCGUCUUCACACUGAGCCUGGAUGACAUGCAGAUACUCGACACUUUCAAGUACAGCGGCGCCAGGCGACUGAGCAACUCGGACAGUCGGCUCCAGAAUCCGCACUUCCCUUGCGAAUGGUCCGUCUACUGGUGGAGGAGCAACAACGGAUGGGAGGAGUACCCGAAGGGGGUGUCCGCACUGCUCCUGGAGAAGAUGGCCAUCAAGGAGGUGGAGUGCUGCAUCACGGUGCGCUUGCAAGAGUACAGGGUGGACUUCACUACCAUGACGCAGACCAACUUAGACUCUGGCUUGAGUGGCGACAUCCGCUGUCGACCAGUAUACCGCCCGCCCGAGUCCCUAUUCCCUCACCUCAAGACACGGGUCCCCACGUUGCCCGUCCAGUAUCCUUACCAACCCAACUUCAACGUAGACCCUUUGGAGGACUUUGCCACAUGGUACCCCCCCGUCUGGUGUCUGGCCUCGGAGCAGGACUCCGAUGUGGUCGACGUUCCAAUCGGCACGCGAGCCUUCCUGACGGUCCAAAAAUUCUUCUACAAGAGCCUGUCUGAGAGCAAGGUGGAGAUCGUCGCCAUCCAGCAGGUCCAGAACUUCCUUCAUUGGGACAAGUACCAAAGGCAAAAGGCGUACAUGCAGAAGAAGCACGCCGGCUCCAACGAGCUUCUGGAGCGUCACCUUUUCCACGGGACCGACCAAGAUGCAGCCGGGCACAUCUGUCGCAACAACUUUGACCCGCGCGUGGCGGGGAUCAACGGAAAGCGCCUGGGUUUCGGCUGCUACUUCGCCACCUCGGCCAGCGUGGCCCACGAUUACACCGACGAGAUAUCCUAUAGCUUGCGCCACACCUUCCUGGCCAAAGUCCUGGUGGGGAAGGUGACCCGCGGGCAUUCCCACUACCGGCGCCCGCCCUGUUGCAACACGGGGCGCGGCUUCUACGACGCCUGCGUCGACUCCGUGGACGAUCCCAAAGAUUUUGCCGUGUUCGACAGCUGCCAGUGUUACCCGUACUACCUGAUCAAGUACAAAGAGCUGGAUGGCGUCAUCGAGAUCUGAGGGGCCGUCAAAUCUCUGUGAGUGUUGCGUUCUCUUAAGACGGUUUGAAAAUCAUGGAGAGGUUUAAAA